AUGUCUGUUAUCCCAAAACACACUCACUCCUUACAAGAACUCAACCAUGAGAAGGAAAGUUGGAAAAUCGUUGCAAGAGUUGUAAGGUUAUGGUUUGUUGAAGAUUACACAAAAGGAAAAACUCCAUUUUCCAUGGAAAUUGUUCUUCAAGACAAAGAGGGUGUCCUAAUCCAUGCAUCUGUUAGACGCACAUUGAUAUACAAAUUCCAGUCUGAAAUCAAAGAGGAUAAGGUUUACACCAUUCAAUCUUUUAGUGUUUCAUGUAAUGGUGGUUCUUAUAGAACUACAAAUCACGCCUAUAAGAUCAACUUCCAAUUUGGAACCAAGGUCAAUAUGGUUGAAAGUACCUUAGUUCCGAAAACUACAACUUCAUACACCCCUUUUUCAACAAUCAUAGCUGCUGGUUUUGACACAGAUUACUUAGUUAAUGUCAUUGGAAUGUUUACUGGUGUUGGAACAGAAAGGGAGCUAGAGAAAGCUGAUAAAGUUUCUAUUCAAAACUGUAUGAACUGUACCAAGAUAAUUUUUAACUGUAAUGGUGAAGAUGCAACCAAGUUGAAAAAAAUGAUGUGGGAUAGUACUGAAUCUCCUUCUCAACCUCUUACCCAACUUUCUGCUUCUUCUAAAGUUAGCUUAGAAGAUGAUUUCAUUAAGCUGCAUCCUAGGAGUUCAAUUGAAGGUCUCAAAGAUUUUAAACAGGAAAGUACUUUUGUAGUAAAGGCUACUAUCAAACAUGUGCUAGAUCAUGAUGAUUGGUGGUAUACAACAUGUAUCUGCAACAAAGCAGUAUAUCCUGAUUCCAAAAUGUAUAAACUGAAACUUCGUGUAAUUCAUACUACAGAUUCUACAACUUUUGUUGUAUUUGAUCGUGAUGCAAGUGCAAUGUUGAAGAAAUCAUGCUCUGACAUUCUUGACUUACAAGACAAGAACACUACUGCUGGAGACUUGCCUAAAGAGUUUGAAGUCCUAAUUGAUAAGACCUAUCUGUUCAAAGUUGAGUGCAAGAAUGAUUAUAAUAGCAAAUUUAAACAAUCAUUCAGAGUUAAAAAAGUUUGCAUGGAUGAAAAAGUAAUUGAAAGCUUUUCUGAUGUUGAAAUUAAGUCUUUGGAUCUAUACUCUACAAAUGAAGAAGAAAGCAAAGUAAAUGAGCGAACAAAUCAAAUCUCAUCUGAUUCCAUUGCAGAGGAUUUGCUAAUCAAAUUCACAGAAGAAUCAAAUGAUGCUGAGACUCUAAGUGAUCAUUUGAACAAUAUAGUAUCAAGCCAUGUUCCUGCAAAGAAUCCUUGA